CCUCCUUUCCCAGUCCUGUCCUUUCCCAGUCUCCAGUCCCCAUUUCUGGGGUUCAGGCACCCUUUUCCCAGUCUCCAGUCCCUUUUUCUGGGGUUCAGGCACCCUUUUCCCAGUCUCCAGUCCGCUCUGAUGGCCCCCCAUGGCUCCCCAGGUCCGAUGGAUGAUGUACUGGAUCGUCUUCGCUCUCUUCAUGGCCACGGAGACCUUCACUGACCUCCUCAUUUCCUGGUUCCCCUUCUACUACGAGGUGAAGAUGGCCUUUGUCAUCUGGCUGCUGUCCCCGUACACGCGGGGGGCCAGCCUGCUCUACCGCCGCUUCGUGCACCCCACGCUGGCCCGCAGGGAGAAGGACAUCGAUGCGUUCCUGGUCCAGGCACGUGAGCGUGGCUACGAGACCAUGGUGCGCUUUGGCAAGAGGGGCCUCAACCUGGCGGCCACCGCCGCUGUCCAGGCGGCCACCAAGAGCCAGGGCGCGCUGGCCGGGCGGCUCCGCAGCUUCAGCAUGCAGGACCUGCACUCGCUGCCCGAGCAGGUCCCCGUGCACUUCCAGGACCCGCUGUACCUGGAGGAGCAGGAGAGCCUCCAGCAGCCCCGGGCCUACGGCACCGGCCGCCGCUAUGAGAGCGACACGGACGAUGAGGAAAUGUGGUCGGACUCACAGUUGUCCCCCCCAGCACCGCCACGCCGGGAUCCCAAACCCCUGUCCCGCAGCCAGAGCCUGCGAUCCCUGAGGAAGAACCCUGGAAAGGAGGGCUCCUCCCGGCUCCUGCGCAGCCGAGCCAAGAGAAAAGCGGCCCCGUCGGAGCAGGACAGCUAAAAUCCCGGGAAACCUCUGCCAGGAGGCUGGAGAGGAAUUUGCUGCUGCAUCAGGAGGGAGCUGUGGCUCCUGUGUCCCUGGGGAUCCUCACUCUGUAAAUCCCUUCUGUGACCUCUGUGGUGCCUCGAGGAGGGGGGAGCAGCUCAUCCCCCCUCCCCAGACCCCCCAGCUCGGCGCCGGCGCCUCUCAGGUGGGGUCUGGCCCCUCCUUUUCCCUCAUCCUGUGAACACUACACGCUCCCCCCUUCUCCUGCUGCCAUGGUGCCUUAUUCCCAACAUUCCCGUUGCCCUGGGAGCCAGGAGUGGAUGUGCUUUGUCCCUCUGAAGCCAAAGGCAUGACUCAGACACAGACUGACACCCGGAGCGCCGGGCAGCACACGGCUUUUAACAUUCCCCUCUCCCAAAAAGGGGGUUUUGUACAUGGAGAAAUAAAGGUUGUUUCAGACUUUGGUGCUGUCCCCUUCCA